AUGAUUCGUCGCGUGGUCUACGAUGUUGAAUUUCGUGUGUUAGUAAAAGAGAAGCUAAGUUCAUGUGAUAGCGUUCUUAUCACGGGUUCAUGUGAACAAUUAGGUGAAUGGUUACCCAAUCGUUGUGUACCAUUGAGUCGUAUCGAUCGAACUGAAGAUGGAGAACUCUGGUCGACAAAUAUCAAAAUUCAUGGCACGGAUAAAAUCAGAUAUCGAUACGUCAUUGCACAAAUUGUACGAAUGGAUGAUGAUAUGAAUUUAAUCAUCAAGAAAUGGGAAACAUUCAAAGAAGCACGCCAGCUAUGUUUCCAUUCAGUUGAUUCAGCAGAUCCUACUGAUGCUCAACAACCAGAUGAAUAUCCAGCUAUAUUCGGAUGUCAUCGAGGUAUACAUCGGACAGAUAUCGGUUGGCUAACCGGUCAAACUGAGAUACAAUUACGUUUUCAUUCCAAUGCUCUACAUAUAUGGUCAUCGAAAUUACGUGAUAAAACUUUAUCAUUGAGAGUUUCUCCAAUAGAUUUGACAUAUCAACAAGAAAAUGAAGAAGUGACGUCCGACUCAUUGAAUCAACAGUAUCCAUCAACAUCGAAAAUUUUCAUUCAAUCGGCAAUUUUACGUUUAUCGGGUUGUGAGACGAAUUUUCAAGGAGAUUAUGGUGCGGUGAUUGCAAAAGAUGAUUAUAUCAUCGUUAAAAUUCAAACAUUUGAACCCGAAAAUGUUGCUUAUCACAUUGAUUUCUAUCUUGUGGAUGAAACAUCGCCAUUACGAAAGCAUAUUGGCUUUGCAUAUCUUUUACCCGUACAUUCGAAUUUAGAAUCCAAUGAUAACAAACAUCUCAAUCGAACCGUACCAAUCAUUGGAUUGAAACAUAAUCCAAUUGGACAAAUUAAAAUCGACGUUUUACUCAUAACAUCAUUAGAAGGCGUGGCACAGAAAUUUCUUGUCACGCAAUCGAAAUACUGGCGCGAAGGACGAAGACCAGUCAAUGUUGGACAUCGAGGUUUAGGCAAAACGAAUGGUGAACAUAAUCCAUCGAAACAUUCAUCGUCUGAUCCACUUCGUCAUCGAUCAAGUGACCCAUCAGUUAGUGUGCCUAGUACACAAUCAUCAGCAUCAACAAUGCCAUCAACUACGCGACCUGUACAAACAAAAUUCGUUAGUGAAAAUACACUGGCAUCAUUCAAAGGUGCAUUUCAAUUGGGUUUUGAUUUCGUUGAAUUCGAUGUUCAGCUAUCGAAAGAUAAAGUUCCUGUCGUUUAUCAUGAUUUUCAAGUCGCCAUAACCCUGAAACGUAAAGUUCAACAAGCUGAAUUAUUCGCAGUACCCGUCAAAGAUCUCACCUUACCACAAUUGCAAUCUUUGAAGAUUCAUCAUGCUAGCGAAACUGAUGUGAGUAAGGCUGAUGAGGAAGUUGAAGAAGAUGACCAAUCCGGUCAGAAAAACUUUCGAUCACUAUUCCCAACACUCCAAGAAUUAUUCGAACAACUUGAUCCACAUCUUGGCUUCAAUGUUGAAAUCAAAUAUGCUAUGGAAUAUCGACAAGGUGGAUGUGAGCAAAAUUAUUAUUUCGAAAGAAAUGAGUAUAUCGAUUGUAUUCUUCGUUGUUUGAUCGCUCACGCGGGCAAACGUGUGAUUGUUUUGUCUACAUUCGAUCCUGAUUGUGCAUCGAUGCUUAGACGAAAACAAACAUUAUUUCCUGUGUUGUUUCUAACCCAAGGUGACAAAGGUGAUUGGCCGCAAUUUUUAGAUGUGCGAACAUGGUCGAUUGAUAUUGGACUGUGUUUCACCGUUGCGGAGCAUUUAUCGGGUUUAACUGCACCUGCACUCGACAUCCUUUCAGAUAAAGAUUUUGUAAAACAUGUAAAAGAAAAUGGAAAAUUACUAUUCAUUUGGGGAGAUGAAGCGAGUAACAAAGAUGUAUCAAAAUCACUGAUUGAUUUGAAGGUUGAUGGUUUAAUUUUUGAUCAUGUUGCAGAACUCAAAGACGAACAUUCAGCAACGGAAAAUCUCUUUAUCGCUGAAGAACGGGAAGAAUUAGAAGUUCUGAAUAAUAUCCGUCAAAAACAACUGGAAUUAAAGCAUAAUCAACUGUUACAAGAACUCGAGAGUUUAAAAAAUGCACGUGAAACACAAAAUUUCUCGACAUCAUCAACACCUAUGAAUUCUUCCACUACAGACGCGAAUUUUAAACAUCUAAUGAAUACACUUGAUAAAAACCCAUGUAAUUACUUAAAAAUCUUAUCUUUUCUAGAUAACAUCGAUGAUACUUCGUCUUUUCAAUGCAUUACUUGGAUUUCUAACUCGACCGUACAUUGCUGUACAAAAGCAUCUUGUUCUAACAUUGCAAUCAUAUUUUCCAGUCGAACUCGAUGA